AUGAAAUUUAAUACUUUUACUUGCAAAGAACCAAAACAUAAAGCUACAGUUACAGCCGUGGAUUGGUCUAGCUCCGAAGAAGUUUAUUCAUGCAGCGAUGAUCACGUAUUACUAAAAUGGAAUUUAUCAGUACCGGACUCAACAACAGUCCUUACUUUUCCAUCUGAUUUUUUCCCUACUGAUUUGCACUGUUGCCCAAAAGUAACUUCUGGUAGUGGAGUUGGAGCUGUUCCAGGCAAACAAGUUUUGGAUACAAUUGUUGUAUGUAGUACAGACGGAAGAUUUUUUAUUGUGAACAAAUCUGGUAGAAUUGAGAAAAAAGUAGAUGCUCACAAAGCAGCAAUUCUUUCUGGAAGAUGGAGUCCAGAUGGUGCUAGUAUUCUAACUUGUGGUGAAGAUGGGCAUAUUCGAAUAUGGUCCAGAAGCGGCAUGCUUCGAUCUACUGUUGUGCAAGAAAAUGCUGAUAAUAUGGUAGCUCUUUGGGGCACUCAGGGUUCCUCUAUUGUGCAUUCUCAUGGUCGCAGAAUAGCAGUCAAACCACUCACAGCUAAUUCUAAAGGAAUAAAGUGGCGUGCGCACGAAUCCACCGUUACCUGUCUCAGUUUUAGUUCAACAGCAGGCGAAGUUAUCGUUUCCGGAGCAGAAGACGGUAAAUAUCGUGUUUGGAACUUGCAAGGCCGACAACUGUAUGGGGGCAAUGCACACCAUCAAGCCGCCGUGACUUCUCUUGCUUGGGCUCCAUCCGGAGCUUAUUUUGCUCUCGGCACUUACAACGGAAUUCGCCUGUGCGACAGUGCUGGGUGGUCGCAUGCUUGGAAUAAAGCCGAAACUGGUUCUCUGUACAGCAUCGCAUGGUCGCAAGACGGAACUCGUAUUGCAGCAGCAUGUGCCAAUGGACAUGUUUUAUUCGGAAAUAUUAUAGAAAAGGAAUUGUGCAAAUACAGCUAUAACAUUGUUCUAACUACAGCUAGUACUUUGUCAGUGAGCAGUAUAAUUGAUACAACAAUAAAUGAAAUGCUUGAAUUUACAGAUCGAGUAACAAAUUUUGAUAUAAACUCUGAGCAUCUGCUGGUCACUACACCAACUCAAUGCCAUAUAUAUAAAAUUGACGAUUUUAUUUCACCCACAGUUGUUGAGUUGAAGGAUGGAUGUGGAGCUUCCAUACAGAUGACGGAGAAUCAUUUUGCAUUGAUUGAGCAUGCUACUGUAUCUGUGUAUUCGUACACUGGUAGACAAUUGUUUAACCAUCGUUGGCCCGGCAUUCAGCCUCAGCAGAUAAAUAACAAAUCUGUUUCCCUUGGUGCUGAUUUGAUUAUUAUCCGGGACCAUAGUGAUCAGAAAGCAAUUCAUAUGUUUGAAUUAAGUCGGUCUCCAAUGACCCAUCAGACCAAUGCUCAAGGAACAAUUCUCAAACAUUCAGUUCCGGUGCACAAAAUGUGUGUCUCUCAAGCUAAAACCGACACUGCUAUUGCAGUUCUAGAUUCUAAUCAUGAUUUGUUCAUUGUACCUUAUGGGGAAAAUAAAUUUUAUAAGAUGGGUAUGCAGGCUGUGGAUAUAAUUUGGAGUUCUGAAGCAAAUGUUCUAGCAGCUGUCCAGGAGUCACGAAUUUCCGUUUGGUAUUGCCCACUUGAAUGCAGUGCGAGUAUAAUAUUAUUAUCGAAUACUUCGUCUGAACAUGAUAUUGCUCAAUUUGGCGCACGUCCGACUUUAAUCUCAUUUGAUGGAGCCAUCAUUAGUAUUCAAAGGACGGAUGGGGCUUUUGUAUCGCUUUCUCUUCAGCUGCAUUAUUUUGUUCUACAUGGCUUUGUAGCAAACAAACAAUGGGAUAAAUCUUUGCGUCUUUGUCGUUUGAUAAAAGAUAGAAUUGCAUGGUGGUGUUUAGCAGCAAUGGCUUGUUAUCAAAAGGAGUUACAAAUCUGCUUACAAGCAUUUGCUGCUACCCAAACGGUGGAUCGCGUUGCUUUUAUUGAUUAUAUAAAGGAGUUGCCUUCAGGGCCGCAGCAGAUUGCUGAAUUUCUUCUAUUAAUCGGCCGACAAUCAGAAGCUGAAUCGGUUUUAUUACAUAGCGGUAAUAUUGUGCAAGCUGUUGCACUUUGCGUCAAAAUGCAUAAUUGGGACAAAGCUUUGGAUUUGGCUAUAAAGUAUAAAUUAGAUCUAGUAAAUUUACUUUCAAAACGACAAGAAUAUUUAACUGCAUUUAAUAAGAUAGAAACAAAUGAAAAAUACCUGCAAGCUGUUUCAAGUAUAGAAAUUAAUUGAAAUACAUUUUU